GUCACGUGGCGCGACAGCGGCUAGGGUGAGGCCCGCGUCGCGGCGGUGGCUGCUCGGUACCGUGUCUGUGGGAGGCGCCGCGGCAAUGGCCGUGGACACUCUGUCGCCGGACUGGGAGUUCGACCGUGUGGACGACGGCUCGCAGAAAAUUCAUGCCGAAGUCCAACUUAAGAAUUACGGGAAAUUCCUUGAGGAGUAUACAUCUCAAUUGAGAAGAAUUGAGGACGCACUGGAUGAUUUGAUUGGAGAUGUUUGGGAUUUCAAUCUUGAUCCUAUAGCAUUAAAGCUUCUGCCAUAUGAACAAUCCUCCCUUUUGGAACUCAUAAAGACUGAAAACAAGGUCUUAAACAAAGUCAUCACUGUUUAUGCUGCACUUUGUUGUGAGAUCAAGAAAUUAAAAUAUGAGGCUGAAACUAAGUUUUACAAUGGUCUUUUGUUCUAUGGUGAAGGAGCUGCAGACUCCAGCAUGGUGGAAGGGGACUGCCAGAUUCAGAUGGGGAGAUUCGUUUCCUUCUUACAGGAGCUGUCCUGUUUUGUGACCAGGUGCUAUGAAGUGGUGAUGAACGUCAUCCAUCAGUUGGCUGCUCUGUAUAUCAGCAACAAGAUAGGACCCAAAAUUAUAGAGACAACUGGAGUUCAUUUUCAGACUAUGUAUGAGCACUUGGGAGAACUGCUAACAGUUCUGCUUACCCUGGAUGAAAUUAUUGAUAAUCAUGUGACACUGAAAGACCACUGGACCAUGUACAAAAGGUUACUGAAAUCUGUCCAUCACAACCCUUCAAAAUUUGGGAUUCAGGAAGAAAAAUUAAAGCCACUUGAAAAGUUCUUGCUGAAGCUGGAAGGGCAGUUACUUGAUGGAAUGAUAUUCCAGGCUUGUAUUGAACAGCAGUUUGAUUCUCUCAAUGGAGGAAUAUCUGUGUCGAAAAAUAGCACUUUUGCGGAAGAAUUUGUACAUAGCAUUCGCUCAAUUUUUGCAAAUGUGGAAGCCAAACUUGGUGAACCUUCUGAAAUUGACCAGAGAGACAAGUAUGUUGGAAUUUGUGGACUCUUUGUACUGCACUUUCAUAUUUUUCGAACUGUUGAUAAAAAGUUUUAUAAAUCUUUAUUGGACAUUUGUAAGAAGGUGCCAGCCAUUACUUUAACUGCCAAUAUUAUUUGGUUUCCUGAUAAUUUUCUGAUUCAUAAAAUGCCAGCAGCUGCCAAACUUCUAGACAGAAAAAGUCUUCAAGCCAUUAAAAUACACAGGGAUAUCUUCCUGCAGCAGAAAGCUCAGUCACUUACCAAAGAUGUGCAGUCUUACUACGUCUUUGUGAGCUCAUGGAUGAUGAAAAUGGAGUCUAUGUUAUCUAAAGAGCAAAGGAUGGAUAAAUUUGCUGAAGACCUCACCAGUAGAUGUAAUGUUUUUAUACAGGGCUUCUUAUAUGCUUAUAGUAUUAGCACCAUUAUUAAAACCACAAUGAAUCUCUACAUGUCCAUGCAGAAGCCUAUGACCAAAACCUCAGUGAAGGCUUUAUGCAGGCUCAUUGAACUUCUCAAGGCAAUAGAGCACAUGUUCUACAGGAGAAGCAUGGUUGUGGCUGAUUCAGUGUCACAUAUAACCCAGCACCUUCAGCAUCAAGCUCUGAACUCUAUUUCUGUGGCCAAGAAAAGAGUAAUUUCAGACAAAAAAUAUAGUGAGCAGCGUCUUGAUGUGCUGUCUGCGCUUGUCUUGGCUGAAAACGCCCUGAAUGGACCAAGCACGAAGCAACGGCGACUUGUUGUUUCUUUGGCUUUAAGCGUUGGCACACAAAUGAAAACCUUUAAAGAUGAAGAGCUCUUUCCUCUUCAAGUAGUCAUGAAAAAGCUGGAUCUCAUCAGUGAACUUAGAGAGCGAGUCCAAACACAGUGUGACUGUUGUUUUUUAUACUGGCAUCGAGCUGUCUUCCCAAUUUAUUUAGAUGAUGUAUAUGAAAAUGCUGUUGAUGCAGCUAGAUUACAUUACAUGUUCAGUGCUUUACAAGACUGUGUACCUGCCAUGAUGUGUUCAAGGCAUCUGGAGUCCUAUGAGCUCCUUCUGGAUUGCUAUGACAAAGAAAUCAUGGAAAUUUUAAAUGAGCAUUUGCUGGACAAGCUGUGCAAGGAAAUCGAGAAAGACCUGCGGCUUUCUGUGCAUACUCACCUGAAGCUGGACGACCGGAACCCCUUCCGAGUUGGCAGGAAAGACUUGGCUCUGUUUUUCUCUCUGAACCCGAUUCGGUUCUUCAGUCGUUUCAUUGACAUUCGUGCUUAUGUAACUCACUAUCUAGACAAGACCUUCUACAAUCUCACAACAGUAGCUCUUCAUGAUUGGGCCACGUACAGUGAAAUGAGAAAUUUGGCUACUCAGCGCUAUGGGUUGGUUAUGACAGAGGCACAUCUUCCCAGCCAGACUCUGGAACAGGGACUUGAUGUUCUGGAGAUUAUGAGAAACAUUCACAUAUUUGUCUCUCGAUACCUCUAUAAUCUCAAUAACCAGAUUUUUAUUGAACGGACAAGCAAUAAUAAACAUUUGAAUACUAUUAAUAUUCGACAUAUUGCUAAUUCAAUUCGAACACAUGGGACAGGGAUCAUGAAUACAACAGUUAAUUUUACCUACCAGUUUUUGAAAAAGAAGUUCUAUAUAUUUAGCCAGUUUAUGUAUGAUGAACAUAUCAAAUCCAGAUUGAUUAAAGAUAUUCGGUUUUUCAGGGAGAUCAAGGACCAAAAUGAUCACAAGUAUCCUUUUGAUAGAGCAGAAAAGUUCAAUCGUGGCAUAAGAAAACUUGGAAUCACACCAGAAGGACAAAGCUACCUUGACCAGUUUAGGCAGCUCAUCAGCCAGAUUGGUAAUGCUAUGGGCUAUAUCCGAAUGAUCAGAUCUGGUGGUCUCCAUUGCAGCAGCAAUGCCAUUAGAUUCGUGCCGGAUCUUGAAGACAUUGUGAGUUUUGAAGAGCUAGUAAAAGAAGAAGGACUUGCAGAAGAAACACUCAGAGCAGCCAGGCAUUUGGACUCAGUCCUCAGUGAUCAUACCAGAAAUUCUGCUGAAGGUACAGAAUAUUUCAAAAUGCUUGUAGAUGUUUUUGCUCCAGAAUUUCGAAGGCCAAAGAAUAUACAUCUCCGAAACUUCUAUAUCAUUGUCCCUCCUCUAACUCUCAACUUUGUAGAACAUUCUAUAAGCUGCAAAGAGAAACUGAAUAAAAAAAAUAAAACAGGAGCUGCAUUUACUGAUGAUGGUUUUGCCAUGGGUGUGGCUUAUACUUUAAAGCUUUUGGAUCAGUACCAGGAGUUUGAUUCACUUCAUUGGUUCCAGUCUGUUAGAGAAAAAUACAUAAAGGAGAUAAGAACAGUUGCUAAGCAACAGAAUGUGCAGUCAACUAGCCAAGAUGAGAAGUUGCUACAAACCAUGAACCUCACUCAGAAGCGACUGGAGGUCUAUCUACAGGAAUUUGAACUGCUUUAUUUCUCACUGAGCAGUGCAAGAAUUUUCUUCAGAGCAGACAAGACUGCAGCUGAAGAAAACCAGGAAAAAAAAGAGAAGGAAGAAGAGACUAAAACAAGCAAUGGAAAUGUACCUGAGGGCACUGUGUCUGCAGAUCCUGUUGUGAAAUGAUGGUAUGAAUCAUCAGAAUUGUCAUGAUACUUUGCCAGUGAUGUGGAUGAUACAGACUGCUUGAUAAAUGUCAUUUCCUAGGUCACAUCAUGGAAAAUUCUGUGUGGCAGUGCUCUGGAGUCAAGCCCAUUUUAUUAUAAAGCUCUAGUUUUCAAGGGCUGAGAAGCAGAUAUUAAAGUUGAAUCUUAGCCUGGAGUGUAGGCUGAAGAUGCUCCUGCAAAACUCUGACAUUAAGCUAUGGAAGGGAAAGUCCAGAUUCCCAAACCAUCGCUUCCUAUCUCCUGUACUCUGUGUGUGUGUGAUUUGUGUAUGUCUUUGAUCUAUGUUGAUCUUAAGUCAUAGGAAAGCCAGUCCAUAUACUAUCCACAGGCAGUAAAUACUCGACUUAAAAAGAGUUGAGCCUGAAAUUUAUGAAGCAUCUCCAUCAAAGACUGUGUGAGGAUGCGUUCAUUGAUGCUAGAGGUGAGUGUGCAUAGUGUGACCGUCUGUGUACAGUGUGGCUCCCUGGUGAUCCUGCCUGUGUUGUUCAGUUCCGUGUGACUCACAUGAGCUUCUGAUGUCUUUGAUGAGAUAUUUUAUAAUAGUUUACAUUGCUUUGGGAACAUUUAUCCUCCAACAGUUGCUUUAAAUUUAAGGUUUACUUAAUCUUCAAAGAAAACUCAGAUUAAGCCAUAGACUCCCACAUGAAGCUUCACUAUGUUUGAAGGCACUCUGUGAUACUGGGGGACAAAAAGAAUGAAUUAUCCUACAUCCAAACUCAGGUUUCUUCAUUACAUUCAAUUGAAAGUUUGGUGGCAGUUUAGACAGAUUUUUACUUUAAAUCCAGUAUAAUCUAAGACGUGAUUAAAUAAUAGCUGCACUAUGGCGGGCUUGUAGUAAUCUACCACUGUGAGGGUGAUUAAAUAAUAGCUGCACUAUGGCGGCUUGUAGUAACUUACCACUGUGAGGGUGAUACUAGUAAGUCACUUUCUGAUUCUAAAGAGUGAAAGAUGGUGAGUAAAUUCAGUUCCCAACAAGAUACUAGCUUUAUUUUUAUAAAGGUAUGCUAGUUGAUAGUUAAGUAAUCAUGGCCUUUUGAACAUAUAAUAAAAUGAUGCCUUUGGGAUGAAAAGGUUUAAAACUUUAAAUGUAAUACAGACAUUUUCUAGAAAUGCUUGUUUUUCUAUUGCAUUUGCCUGCUUAACCAUUUCUUUGGCUACAUCUUGCAAAUAAUCCUAACAGAAUUCUGACAUUGCUCCUUGGUUCCAGCUUUUGGAGUGGAGAUACAGGGCCCUGCCUCAACUCACUGGUUAGGCUUAGGAACUUGCGCAGCCCAAGCAAAAUACUAUGACUGUUAAGUCAGAGGAAACAGAAUAGAUUGGAAAUGUUUUUUAUUAUGUAAACAAGGCUUAGAGAAUUAUGAACAAAGGAUGGAUUAAAGGCAUAUAAUGUUUGUAAUUGAUACUAACUGUAGAGAUGGCCCUAAAGCAUGCUGCAUAAUUAAUAAUUUAUAUUUUCAUUAUUAUAAAUGUUUAUAUUAAUGAUACUGGAUUUGGUUAUAUCAGAUUAGUCAUCAUUUUAUAGGACCAGUAUGUUCUUUCGUUUUUAAAAAAAUGUUCAUUAUUCCUACACAUAGAAUUCACAUACUGACUCCCUGGACACUUAAAAUUGGGAAGAAAGUGACAGGUAAUUGCUUUACCUUUAGUUAGAAGUAAUGUCACUAUAGUCUGGAUAAACUAUAAGAAGUUCCUGUAUUUGAAAUAAAAUCUCUGAAGAGAGAAGUAUUUAAAUGGUAUUAACCUGCAGAGUUACAGGGCUUCAGUGUAUUCACGCUUGAGUUAAUGUAUACAUUGGAUGAUGGUUUUCCUUGCUAUUUUUUUAGAAAUACUGUAAUUUAAAUAUUAACAUGAGUGUUUUGUUGUAAAUUCACAGAAAACUUAAUGAUGUUCCAAUUCUCAGGAAUUAAGAACUAACCAUAACAUUGUCAGUUCUAAUUAGAUUUUGUAAAAGACAGUAAGUUUGUUAUCUCACUUGAGUGUGGAGGGGUUUCUCCUUUUCCCCCGGCUCUAAUAGAGUACAUGAUGUAUAAUAAAACAUUAAUAAGUACAGUU